AUGGAGCCAUGGCUCGACUCGCUUUCCGAAGACUGGAAGUCUGAACACCGCUCAUCCUCGCCUGCGCCUUCUCUCAACCGCUCGCAGAGCCGCAUUCCGCACCUCGCAAACAACAUCCGCAAAGACUCGUCGGCGGGCAGCUUUCUGAGACAUCGCUCAACUCGCGGACAAGCUCGCCAGAGCGCCCAAUCCAUCCUGCGCGAACGCAGUGCCUCCCGUCUGAACCUGCCUGCUGCCUCGGAUUCACAGAAAUACUCAAGCCUGCCGCGCCGGACAUCAAAUACUUUCUCAGAAUCCCAGAAUUCAGUGCAACAUCACUCCAUCCGCGAGAAGCCUUCUCUGGUAGAGACACCAGAAUGGAAGAGACGGCUUGCAGCAGGGGAAGACAUCAAUAGCGACGGCUUCGACCUCUUCUCACCCUCUAAACUAGAAGGCGUUUUUAAACUGCCAAACACCUCACAAUUACGGAGCGACAGCGUUGAACAACAAGAAACUAGCUUGAGCCGGAAGCUUUUCAACCUGCCUGCCUCCAAUCCCUUUCCCGAACAGUACUCCAGCUAUCGAACAAACAGAAGUCGUGUGAAUCUUGAGAUUUUGGAAGAAGUCAAUGAGGAAGACGAGCUGGAGCAACAAAACCUGUCUGCGGUAUCGUCUGACCUUGUCAGAACUGGGUCCCUCCGAGGCUUGGUGAAGCAGCGAGUCCAGUCCCUCGAGCGUGUUGACAAAUGUCGUUCCACCCCAUCAUCGCCGAAAGGCUAUGAUGCGCGAGAUCCACGAUGGAGGACGAUCAGUGGUCAAGAAGAAUUGCGAAACGAGUUCAUCAGCCCGGUCACAGUAUCGAAGCAAAAUUCAAUCCGCGAUACAGUGUUGCGAGCCGAUGUUGAUAUACAGGCAUUGAAAAGCAAACUACAAAGCGCUGCCCUGGAGGAGGAAGAUCGUCCUGGGUCGAGCUUGAGCGACAGUCACAUCAGUUAUGUGAGGAAGCAGGACAAGGAAGAACGUUUCAAAGACGAACCACUACCUGAUUUGACCUCCCAAUCUUUACCCGAUGACCUGUCUAUGGGUACACAAGACUUCAUCUCACACGGGGGCUUCAUCAAUUCGCGACGCGGGGGCCGCUCGAAUGAGGCCUCAUUCCUCCGCAAAAGCCUCAGCUUGAGCCAAGAGCCUUCGCAAAUGGAACCAAACUCGCGAGCUGACAUCCAUUUUCACAGCUCGCCGCCUCAGAAUUCCCGUCUUCUCGACGACAGUAUAGAUCAGAGUAAGCUCAGUGCCAGCGCUCCAACAACGCCUCAGGACACCAGUAUUAUCCACCAUCCAGACAAUCAUAACCGGCCCGCCUCUUCUGGAAGCCCAUUGAAGUUGUUCGGAAAUCGAGACACGUACACGAACAAUAAGCUGAUGCGUAUUUUGAGCCAUUUCGAGGAGCCUGAAGACUCUUGCGAGAGAGUUGGCGUUCCCUCCCUAGCAGAUGAAGCCCAAGAGACCGAGUUUCGUAUGAGCCAAUUCGGUCAGGGUGAGCUUGAUGGAUUCGGCUUUGAGCAAAACGUCCGAAGGCCAUCCCCCAUUGAGCCAACAAUAGUGAAGCCAGAAGAUAGAAUCUUCCAACCUGUUUCGACGCAGGCUGCGAAUAUUCCUGAAUCGAUCCCGGAAGGUGUCGGGAUUGAACUAAGUCAAGGAAACGAAGAACGGGAAGAGAUCAUCGGUCACAUCGAGGAGGAUAGAACAACUAAACGACGCAAGACACAGGUCAAUGAUCAAGUGCGCCCGCCAGACAAUGAGAUUGAAGUUGAAAUCGCCGAGCUCGGUGAAGCAACCACCUAUGCGGGUAAGAAGGAAACGGAUGCUGGGCCUGAUGAUGAAGGGAUCAAGCCAGAUCCAAAAGUGCUCGCUUCACGCGACCUUUCGAGACCAAAAUCGGCGAGAAGGACCCCUUCUGUCACCCGUGCCACCUUAGUACCAGGUGCCGAAGGUGCUGACCAAGAGACGGCCCCCGAACCAGCUAACGAAGAUCUCACCGAGGCUUUGGCCGCAGAACUGGCCUCAUUUGCACAGGAGGCAGCUCAGACGAACAGUGAUUCACGCAAAGCAUCGCUCGCCACCAAGGACUACAUGGAGGAAGCCAACAAAGUUAUGCAAUUCAUUCGUUCUCGAGGGAAGCCUAAGCCUGUUGCUGCUCUGCCAAACAUCACUGAACCCGCUGAAGUGUCAGAGUUGAAUCCAGAUGCCAUACUUGAUCUGGAUAUUGAUGCAGACUCUACCAAGGAUGAUUUUUCUCGGCCACCGUCCCGAGAGCAUGUGCCACGGCCCGCCCAGGACCGCCGUCACGCACGCCAUGACUCGAGAACAGCGAGCUAUUUGCGCAAAUACCGCGACGAAGACGAUAUGGACGCUCUGGGCAGUACUUCAGUGUUUGGCACUCUUGCACCAGCAAACAAUGUUAUUAUUAGCGAAGCAACCGGAGCCGCGGCUCUGGAAGAGUUGCAAGAGAGCCAUCCGCCGAACAUGCGCAUUCUAAAUGCAACCGAGACCAUGAGAAAGCGCAAGUAUUCGAGUUCCACAGUAGACGGUCAGCAGGACUGGACACAGGAUCAUAUGGCCCACACUCAACAUUCCAAUCACAGCUCAACUCAGCAGUCUUUCCCUACAAGAUCAUCCGCAUCUGGUCAAAAGGGUGUCAUUUCUUCCGGUACCGUAUCGAUUCCUGACCGCGUUGGUGCAAUGACAUUCGAUCACGACAAGAAGGUAUGGGUUAAGAAGGCAUCUACAAAUGACGACUCCAAACGGAUGAGCAGACAGGACCGGCAAACGCUGACCGAAGACGACCCUUUCGAGGACAUCCCUGACCUGAGUAUUGAUGAGCAACGGGAACUGCAGUCUAAUACCCGACAUGUCAAGGAGGCUACGGACCAGAAAGAAAUGAUAUCUAGUGUCAAUGCACCUGACGCCAGAGAUGACUCUCAAGCUUCACUGCGUCGCUUACCGGACCCAGGCGCCAACCCCGUAAGUGCCGAACCUCAGUGCAAAAUCGCAGCCGAGGAGGACAUGGAGGAGAUUGACCAGAGCUCCCUCCGCUCCAAGGCUUCAGCGCACGAAGCCAAGCUCCAUAGUGGCGUUCCGUCCAAGCCUCCGAGUCAGCUCAAAGACGAUCGGAAGCAACCUCGAGCCGUUACGAUUGCGUUUUCGUCCCCGAUUGUCUCUGGGGUCAAUUACGCAAAUCUUGGCGAGGACGAUUUCGACGACCUGCCACGUGAAGAGGACCUUCCCCUUGAUGAUUCAGAAAUUGAUCUUGAUGUUGGACACCGUGAGCAGGAGUCGCCGCCAACAGUUAUGGUGCCUCUUUCCAGAGACUCCUUCAAAAAGAGUAAUCAAAUGCGGCUGCUCAGUCAGGAACGGGUCGUCACCUUUCAGCCUCGGACAAUAUCUCCUAUUGUAGAGGACGACGAAGAACAUAUUCAGCCCCAGAUGAGCCUUGUCCAGGUCAAACACUCGAAUGUGGUAACACCGGCGCCACCCAAGACCAUGGCAAAACUGCAAAAGACGAGCAAUAAAGCUUCAAGCAUUCUUUGCUUAACUCCACUAUCAGACUUUUCCCUGCACCAAGUUGACAAACCCGGGGAUCCCGACCAGAGCUAUGUUGACGAGAGAAGACAUCCGAAUGCAUUACGGCAAGCUCAUGGCUCACUAGCGUUAGUUGUGGAUGAGCUCAUCAAGGCCAUCACAGACGCGGCACCUGACGAACUAUUCUGGGACCAACUCCACCGAAUGACGCUUGCACCAGGCAGUGUCUCCUCUGUUCAUGGUCUGAAAGAUUACUGUCCAUGUCUAGAAGAAUUGAGUAUGUCCGGCAACAAAAUCUCCCAGUUGGGUGGCUUGCCGUCUACCUUGCGGAUUCUUGAUAUCCAGAAGAACUUGGUUAAUGACCUAACUUCGUGGAGUCAUCUCCAUAAUCUUCAGUAUCUCGAUGUGUCUGGGAAUCAAUUGGAAAGCUUGGAAUGUUUCAGUUCGCUAGUUCAUCUGCGGAGCCUGAAUGCCAACAACAAUCGGAUCUCGAACAUCGACGGCGUCUUGGAUCUGGACGGUCUCCUUGAACUCAAACUCAGCGGCAACGACCUAACAAGAGCUGAUUUUGAAGGUUGUGAUCUAAGGCGACUAAAGGCGUUAGACCUUAGCCACAACAAACUGGAAGAAGUUAGGAAUCUCGGCUCUCUGCCUGCCCUCGAAGACCUUGAUCUUUCUCACAAUGCUCUGCAGAAUUUCCCCACGGCUGGUGGGGACAAGAACAUUCCGGUACAGAAGCUACGACUAGUCCACAACGAACUAGAGUUGAUUGCUUUGAAGCAUAUGCGAGCUCUUCGACAUCUGGAUCUUGACAAUAACAAAAUUAAGGAUAUUCAGGGGCUUCAGUCGGCAUACCACCUGGAAUUUUUGUCCCUUAGAGAACAGAAAGAGCAAUCGGAUAUUGUCGAUCUAGUCCUAUCCACACCGAACGAGUGCCGGCAGAUCCGUCUAUCAUCAAACUUGGUGGUUAAGGGGACAUUGAAAUUACCGUCAUCGCCUCAAAAUAAUCUCCGGGAACUGGAGAUCGCAGCCUGUGGCAUUUCGGAGCUUCCUGAACGGUUUGGGCUAUUCUUUCCCAAUUGCCGACACUUGAACGUGAAUUUCAAUGCCAUCAAAGAUGUUGAUCCAUUACGAAAGUUGGUGCAUUUGAAUACGCUGCUGCUGGCGAAGAAUCGGGUGCACAAGCUGAGGCGAACAUGCCUGAUCAUGUCUAGGCUUCCGUCGCUGAAGCACAUCGACCUCCGCGAAAAUCCUCUGACUGUAGGAUUCUAUAGUCCUGCGUCUGCUAAAGUGGCAAAUUCAGACUUGGCACGAUACUAUCUGCCCGACGGGUCGGAGACAGAAGAUGCGUCUUGGACGAAGGUGCUUGAUGAAGUAACAGGCCUAAAGCGACGUACAAUCGAGUUAUUGCUGGCGGCGCACUGCAAAAAUCUGAUUCAGCUUGACGGGCUGAGUUUUUCUCGUGAACGGUUAGCAAGGAAGGAUGAGACAUGGGAUAAAUUGACAGGCCGGGGAGUGCUUGUGAAAUCAGCCACCAAGGUUGUGGAAGAAGCCGGCAGUAAAGACAGGAACGGAGACGAUGUGGAUGAUGCUGGGCGGGACUUCACGCCUGGAACGCCUAUGGGCGAUGACGGGGAUGUAUUUAAUGGUUGA